AUGCAACUGCCGAGUGGUUCAGAGAAACCGGUGACGAAGAAACAGAAAGUAUCAAACGAUGACCUAUAUCGAAACUCGACCCAAUACGAAAUAUGGUCCUUCACACAAGAUGAGCUAGCGAAAGCUAAAGCGAAUGCCAACGAGCUGGGGGUGAAUGCUGCACGAGAAAGAUUUGAGCAAGCUUACAACAAGGCCAAGAGUGAGCAUCCCGAUGCAUUUACCAAGUUUGCACAAGAACUAAACGAGGACAUGAUCAGUUUAUUAACACUUGACGAAGAAUCAGCGUAUUUGGAAUUUUAUAUCCAAAAUAUCACCACUACGUGUAAUUUUUUCAAGAUGCCAACCCAAGUAAGGCUAACAGCGGCUUCCUUUUUCAAGAAAUUUUACUUGGUCAACUCGGUGAUGCAUUACCACCCAAAGAAUAUUCUAUAUACGUGCAUUUUCCUAGCAGCAAAGUCUGAGAAUUAUUUCAUUUCAAUUGAGUCAUACGUGAAAGCUCUCAAGGGGGUGCAAUCUUCGGAUAUUCUAGACUUGGAGUUCAAAGUGUUGCAAAGUUUGAAGUUUACUUUGUUGGUUCAUCAUCCUUUCCGUCCUUUGUAUGGUUUCUUUCUUGAUUUCCAAGCUGUUUUAUUGUACCCCGAUCCUAUAAUGUAUGACGUCUCGGCUGAUACAAUUGGAAAACUAUACAAUAAAGCCAAAGAGUGGCUAAACAAGUAUUACAUGCUCAGUGACGUUGCGUUUUUCUUCACUCCUCCACAAAUAGCUUUGGCAGCAAUGUAUGACUGUGAUCGUCGAAUCAGCGAUAGGUAUUUGAAAAGGAAGUUCUUAAAGGAUGACAAGAGUGAAGAGAAUGGCGUUGAGGGAAAUGGUGCAUCAGAAGAUCAAAGUCAAGAUACGAAGCAAAGUUUGGAGAAGGAAGUGAAACCGGAGCAAGAAGGAGAAUCAACAGUCAAAACUGAAACUGAAAAUUGCUCUACAUCCAAGCACCCGUCCAAGAGAGAACAGUACGAGACUUUGGUACGAACAAUUCGGAAGUGUGCCAAAUCGGCCAAGGAUUUACCUGUUGCUGAUCGUGAAAAGAGUAAGGAAAUUGACAAAAAAUGUUUCUUUGCAUUAAAUCCAGGUAAGCUAAUAGACAAACGUAUCAAGAGGUUAACCGCUGAGAGUGCUAAAUAG